UUAGUAAAUGAACCAAAUAUCCGCGCGCGAAAUCAAACAGCUGGGUUUGUUUUCAGUUGAAAUAGACACUGACAGUAUCUUCUGAGUUCUAACUGCAGACAAAAACUUUUAAUCUGAGGUCCUGAGUGUUUAUUAGUAGGUAAUAAUUUGUGAGCAAUUAAAGUUAAAUUUUAGUUUAUAAUUAUUUGAUUGCCAUAGCAUUAUCAUGAGUACAGCGCCAAAAACGGAAAAUUUACCAUGGGUGGAGAAGUACCGUCCCCAGACAUUAGAUGAACUUGUCUCUCAUGAACAUAUCAUCAGCACUAUUGAGAAAUUCAUCAAAGAGGACCACCUUCCACACCUGCUCUUCUAUGGCCCCCCUGGUACUGGCAAGACCUCGACAAUAUUGGCGUGUGCAAGACAGCUCUAUAAACCUAGCCACUUCAACUCCAUGGUGCUGGAACUGAACGCCUCAGACGACCGCGGCAUCAACGUCGUGCGUGAACAGAUUCUCAACUUCGCGUCGACGCGCACCAUCUUCAAGGCCGGCUUCAAGCUCGUCAUUUUAGACGAGGCUGACGCCAUGACCAACGACGCUCAGAACGCCCUCAGGCGCGUGAUUGAGAAGUUUACAGAAAACGUCCGCUUUUGUCUGAUCUGCAAUUAUCUGAGCAAGAUUAUCCCGGCCAUCCAGAGCAGAUGUACGCGGUUCAGGUUCGGUCCUCUCACUACAGAUCAGAUGCUCCCCAGGCUACAAAUGGUCGUUGAUAAAGAGCAAGUGAACAUGACGGCUGAUGGGAAGCAAGCUCUCGUGGCACUGGCAGGCGGCGACAUGCGACGUGUUCUGAACGUGUUGCAGUCCACGCAUCUGGCUUACGGCAAAGUCACUGAAGACAACGUCUAUACCUGCGUGGGCCACCCUUUGCGCUCUGAUAUCAAGACAAUCAUCAAUUGGAUGCUGAAUGAAGAUUUCAGGUCCGCUUACAAUAACAUUCAGAAGUUGAAGGUCGAUAAAGGGCUGUCUCUUCAAGAUAUCGUUACCGAGCUUCAUCAUUACAUACAUAAAAUCGACUUCCCGACGGCAUCACGCAUGAGGCUCGUGAAGGCGUUGGCUGCCGCCGAGGAGCGCAUGUGUGUGGGCGCGUCAGAGAAGCUGCAGCUCUCGGCCGUCGUGGGGGCUUUUGCCAUCGUCAAGAACGAGAUUGUACUACAAGCCAAAGAGGGCAAAAAGAAAUCCUGCGAUUAAUUGGCAGGGGCGGGUGGUCCAAAGUCACCGUCACGGGGCCAUCGUUGAUGAUGCCGACCUGCAUCAUCGCACCGAACACGCCGUCUGCCAACACAGAUUGAUUUUAGAUACUAUAUUAGUAAAUACAAAUUUUUCUCUA